AUGACCUCGGCAAGGAAGUCACGAUCAUGCCCGCCUAGAGUCCCAACCUGGAUGGCCUCUAUGAGGACUCUUCCCGAUAGUUUGGAAGGUCAGCAAAUUUGGGAAGUCGGGCCUGCUUUCUCCGGAGCCCAGGUCGAGAGUGGGAAGGUCAUCAGCGCUGCGACCUCCGUCAAUAUCAAUAACAGCAAGACAACCAUUUUGACCAACGAUGUCUAUCAUUUCUCUCCCCCUCAGGCGGGAACCUCUGGCAUCCUGCAGGCCCAGAACCACACUGGGACUAUCCAAGAAAUAGCAGUUGUCCUACUUUUUGGUUCAGAAUUCUCAUCAUGCUUUACUAAAGCCAUUACACGUGCCUGUGGUGCUGCCGUCAAACUAUUCGCUACGAUCGAGCGUGUCCCUGAUAUCGACUCUGCAAACCCAGGAGGACUAAAGCCUUCAAAAGUCACUGGGGAGAUUACGUUCAAGGAAGUCAAAUUCAGCUAUCCGUCUCGCACAGAUGUUGCAAUUCUCAUGUUUUGUGACGGCAUCGUUGACCUUCCAUGGCGUGCUAACAACACUCUGAACCCUGAAAACUGGAGACCAGCUGCCAGGUGA